GUUUUGCAUAUAAACGGCUCCAGAACCUGGUAGUGGCGGGGGUGGACUUUUUUUUAAUUCUAUUUUCGCCCCCAUCCAACACAACACACUAACCUCCCAUUGCAGUUCUCAUAUCAGAAGGAAAUCGACCCGAUAUCGAAUGACUGCGGGAAGAGGUGGUGGAAGAGAGCAUGGCAGUACUGGGUGAGGAAUCGUGAGGCCCCGAAGGAAAUCAUUGUGGGAAGCUCUUAACGUGUUCAUCGCACAUUUUGUAGAAGGCGGUAUGACAAUGAGGACCUCUCAGACGAUGACAUAGCCAGCAUGAGGACUUUUGAUGUGGAGGAAAAGCUUAGUAGUGACUCAUACAGUUCAAGUUACGUGCACUUUAUGAAAGGAAAAGAUUUUACCCUUGAAUAUGUGCAGAGAGAGACUAUCAAGGUCCCCAUUAUCUUCAGGGACAAAGAUGGUCUAGGAAUCAAAACACCAGAUACCGAUUUCAGCAUUAGGGAUGUAAAACUCUUCGUUGGGAGUCGUCGUAUUGUUGAUGUUAUGGAUGUGAAUACACAGAAGGGGAUUGAAAUGAGUAUGUCGCAAUGGGUCAAAUACUACGAGACACCAGAAGUUGAAAGGGAGAAGCUCUACAAUGUCAUAAGCCUGGAAUUCAGUCACACAAAACUCGAGAACCUGGUCAAGCGGCCUGAUGUGGUGGAUUUGGUGGACUGGGUAGACAAUAUGUGGCCACGGCACUUAAAGGAAAAGCAGCUGGACUCCACAAAUGCAAUUGCAGAGAUGAAAUAUCCCAAAGUUCAGAAGUACUGCUUAAUGAGCGUCAAAGGUUGUUAUACCGACUUUCACAUCGAUUUUGGUGGCACUUCAGUCUGGUAUCACGUUCUUCGAGGAGGGAAGGUAUUUUGGUUAGUUCCACCCACAUCGCACAAUCUGGAGAUUUAUGAAGAGUGGGUUCUGUCAGGAAAGCAAGGUGAUAUCUUCCUUGGGGAUAGAGUGGAUGGAUGCCAGCGAAUUGAGUUGAAACAAGGAUAUACCUUUCUGAUCCCAUCAGGAUGGAUCCAUGCAGUGUACACACCAGUAGACACAUUGGUUUUUGGUGGAAAUUUCCUGCACAGCUUUAAUAUUCCCAUGCAGCUUUAUAUUUAUGGGAUUGAGGAUCGAACUCGGGUUAAUGCCAAGUUCCGUUAUCCUUUCUACUAUGAAAUGUGCUGGUAUGUCCUGGAAAGAUAUGUGUUCUGUUUGACAAAACGGUCUCAUCUCACCAAACAGUACCAGAGGGAAUCGAUGUUAAUUGAUACAGAGAAGAAACCAAAUACAGAGAGCCCUUCAUCAGAUUCCCGACUCGACAUGGAUGAAGAAUCUUCUGAUAUGCAUGUCAAGGAGGAGAAAGAUGAGACAAAAGAUAAAAUGAGCACUCAAAACAUGAAGGGAUUUGGUGAUGAUUCGCCUUCUCCAGAUAGUGCACAUUCAGAAGGAAAUGAAAGUACUGGAAAGACACAGAAACUGACGAGGCAUUUAAAGCGGACUUUAUCCAAUGACUCAAAUGACAGUACAAAGUCACCAAUGCCGACAGACUGUCCAAAGACCCCAAGUGGAUCUCCUGACCCUUCUCAGCCAGUGUCUGAGGGGUCUAACAAAUGGAUUCACCUUACAGAGUUUGAGCUGAAAGGGUUAAAGGCACUUGUGGAAAAACUAGAAUCCUUACCGGAGAAUAAGAAAUGUGUCCCCGAGGGGAUAGAAGAUCCGUAUGCCCUCCUGGAAGAUAUGAAGACUGUGCUGGAGGAACAUGCUAAUGAUGAUCAAAAAUUGGCUAUUACUGGGGUCCCAAUUGUAACAUGGCCAAAAAAGACAGUGAAGCAUAGGACAGUAGGGCGACCAAAAGGAAAGCUUGGAACCUCUGCAGCUGUGAAGCUUGCUGCUAACAGAGCUACAGCUGGAGCACGUAGGAGGAGAACAAGAUGUCGGAAGUGCGAGGCAUGUUUAAGAACCGAAUGUGGCAAAUGCCAUUUCUGCAAGGAUAUGAAGAAGUUUGGAGGACCAGGGAGAAUGAAACAAUCCUGUAUCAUGAGACAGUGCAUUGCACCAGUCCUGCCACACACAGCGGUCUGUCUUAUCUGUGGAGAAGCAGGAAAAGAGGACACUGUGGAAGAAGAGGAGGCAAAAUUCAAUUUCAUGCUGAUGGAAUGCUCAAUUUGUAAUGAAAUUGUGCAUCCUGGCUGCUUAAAGCUACAGGAUGGAGAUGGAGUUGUUAAUGAAGAGUUGCCAAACUGCUGGGAAUGUCCAAAGUGCAACCAUGAGGGUAAAACAGGGAAAGUCUAUAAGCAGAAAAGAGGGCCAGGAUUUAAGUAUGCCUCCAACCUCCCAGGUUCGCUACUAAAAGAGCAGAGACAGAACAAAGAGCACAAGGACAACAUGGAAACAGUCAAGAAAAAGGGUGACCGAGAGGAAAAUUCCAAACGGAAAUCAGAGGAACUUUCCAAGAAACAAUCCGAUGACUCUGCUCCCAGGAGGAAAUCUGAGGAUGGGCUUGUGAUGCGGAAGCGACGAAUCGUUGAUAGAUCAUCAGAGUCAGUUGUCAGAAAAAAGCAGUUUAAGAUUGGAAGGGAAGAAAAGCUGUUAAGGAGAAAGAAAAGAGCCUUGCAUCCAACCGAAGACCACAUGACACCUGUCAAAUUACUGCGAACUAUCAAACAAGAACCAGAGGAUGAUCCACCUGAGACACCUCAGAAAACAAAGGAAAGUGACCAAUCUCGGUCGAGCUCUCCAAGAGCUGGUCCUAGCACUGAAAGUGCAGAAUCCAAGGAGAAGAAAAGCGAGAGAUUUAAAGAUAAACGCAAAAAGCGAUUGCACAAUAAAGAACUCAGUAAAGAGUUAAGCAAAGAACUCAAUCAGGAAAUUCAUAAAACUGAGAGCAGCCUAGCAAAUGAGAAUCACCAACCUAUUAAAUCUGAAGGAGACAGUGAAAAAGUGGAAAAGCCUAAACGACUGCUGGUAAGCAGUGAACGACUGCACAAGUUAAAUGGAACUCCUCGGUUUCGACACCAGCUUACAACGAGUUUAAGGCGGGCUCCAAGGGUUAUUACCCGACCACCACCUUCAGUGUCCCCAACGAAAUCCAUUCAAAUGGAACGACACGUGGUGCGACCUCCACCUGUCAGCCCACCCCCGGACUCAUUGCCCCUCGAUGAUGGCGAAGACCACGUGAUGCAAAGGGAGGUGUGGAUGGCUGUAUUCGGCUAUCUCAGUCGCAAAGAUUUGUGUGUUUGCAUGAGAGUCUGUAAAACCUGGAAUAGAUGGUGCUGUGACAAGAGGUUGUGGACCAAGAUUGACUUGGGCCGAUGUAAGUCAAUCACACCUCUGAUGUUGAGUGGAAUCAUUAGGAGGCAACCUGUAACGCUUGACCUGAGCUGGACAAAUAUAUCGAAAAAGCAGUUGACUUGGCUAAUCAACAGGCUGCCAGGUCUUAAGGACUUGAUUGUCUCUGGCUGCUCCUGGGCAGCAAUAUCGGCACUUUGCAGCUCUAGUUGCCCCUUGCUCAGAACCAUAGAUCUCAGAUGGGUGGAAGGAUUAAAAGAUGCUCAAAUGAGAGAUAUGCUUUCACCUCCAACUGACAACAGACCAGGCCAGAUUGACAAUCGCAGCAAAUUACGUAAUGUGACAGAUCUUCACUUGGCUGGCCUGGAUAUUACAGAUACAACACUCCGACUUAUUAUUAGGCACAUGCCGAUGCUUUCCAAACUAGAUCUUAGUUACUGUAAUCAUCUGACAGACCAAUCAAUUAAUCUAUUAACAGCAGUUGGCACAACAACAAGAGAUUCCCUAACAGAAAUCAAUCUAUCAGUUUGCAAUAAAGUCACUGACCAGUGCCUAACCUAUUUCAAACGCUGUGGCAACAUCUGCCGAAUAGAUCUCCGUUACUGCAAGCAGGUAACGAAGGAAGGUUGUGAACAAUUCAUAGCAGAGAUGUCUGUUAGCGUUCAGUUCAAUUUGUCAGAGGAGAAACUGUUACAAAAACUUAGUUAACUAAACAGAGAGAGAAACUGGACACCAAAACAAAAAGGACAUUUAAUUUCAUCAGAUUUAAUUAUGACCAGCUUCUUGUUAUUGCCACCAGACAAAUGGACAAGGAUGAAUUGUGCAAAGGACAGAAAUUUAAGGGCAGCAAUGUAAGCUACUUACCCGAACAAAAAUGUUUCUACGUGUGAAAAUCACUCGAAUUUGGAUUUAUUUCAUAAGUUUUAAUAAUGUAUAAAAAGACACUGAUGCACAAGUGUUUUUACUUGGUACGUAUAAACAUGUGGCAAGAAGAAUAUUGAUAAAACUAAGAGUUUUGUGCACGUUUUACAACUAAGGCAUGUGCAUUGUAAAUUUUAAUGUGUUCUUUUUAAAAAUGCCAUCUUUAAAAAGGUAUCUUAUAGAUACAUCUGACCACACAUUGGGAUCACUUUGACCAUGUUAUAAAUAUUGUUCUGUUUUGUUACACUCUACACAUCAUACAUUAUGCAGAAAUAUUUUUGUACAGAAAUUACUUUAUUGAGAGUAAUGUGGAAAUUUCAAUGGUAACAUUAUUACUUAUAUACAAUUGAAAUGCAAUUUAUUUCAGAUUUCCCUAUUUGUUACUUGUGGUUUAAUCUCUGUAUAGUUCCACAUGUUCCACGUGGAAUGAUCUUUGUGACAUUUGUAUGUGCCAUCAUUGCAUGCCUUUAAGGCAAUCAGCUUAGCAGUAAUAACACUGUAAAGUAAUGAGAUGUUGGUUUUCCACCAAAUGUUGUUGCCAUUUUGUCAUUGCUGAAUUUGUAUAAAACUUUUGUCUUCAAUACUGAACAAUUGGUAAAUUCAUGGGGAGCAGCAUUUUGAAUGCUGUAUAGUACAUAAGCCUUUAACAAUUUUCAACAGUUUCCAUCCCUAUUUUAAAUCAGCAAGUCAGUAAGCAUUGAAAGGAGAUGGAAAUGAAAGUUCAUGUAAUAAGAAUUCCUAUUGUGGCCACUUAAAGCUGAAAUAUUUUUACCUAUGGAUCAGAUUGAUCAGCAUAAAAAUUCUAUAGAACAGGACAUCCAUACUUGCUUCAAACAAAAAGCAGGUUGAACCUCCCUUGAAAAAUGUUUGAAGUAGUAAGUGAGGUGCUCUUUGCAGCCAGUUCUGAAGAGGCUGAGGUUUGCAAUUGUGUGGCAAUAUCAGUAACAUUGAAGAUUCAUAUACAUUGUGAUAAAUUGUAAUAAUACAAUGGAGACAUUGUAUUGGGGGAAAACAACAAAGAACAGAUGAAACCAAUAUGAAACUGCAGUUAUCCAAUGUAUAGAUUUCUUGAUCAGAAAGUACUUUGUUCAAAUACUGUAGUCUGUACCCACUGUAAUCAGGGUAGAUAGUAAAGCAAUGGUGGUUUUGAUAUGAUGACUACUACUUCAAUUAAAGUUUGAGAGCUGGAUCUAAAUUAAUUUAAUGGAAGUGAUCAGUGAGGACAAGAAUGUUUCCAAGGUACAAUAUAUAGCCACCUACUGCACUCUCCAUAAUGUUCCUGUUCUGUACGAAUGGCAAAAAUGUUUAAAAUUAGGUGGCAUAGUUCUAGUGAAGGCCAAGCAUUCAGAAUGCAGGAUUCAACUGAUUGUGACCAUUGGAAGAAAAGUGAUGGAUAUUAUUUGGCAGAUAACAAAUUUUUCAUAAAAUAAAGCUUUCCCUUUGAAAUGUUCUAUUUCUUAGUACAGCUGCUAUGCCAUCUUAAAAUUACAUCAUAGUGCAGUCAAUGUAAAAAAGGUUUUACUGUAAUUACUAAACAUAACAGGAGUACUCAAUGUUUCUAGAUCAAUUUUGCACCAUUUUUAGAUCCAUGUAGAAGCCAACAUUUCUGUGCACAUAUUGCACUCAGCCAUUGAUGUCAAAUAAGCACUUUUUGACAUUGCUUGCAUAUAAUUCUGCUGUUGGAACACUGAAGCAGGUUUUAAGCAAAGAAUUGAAGUCUGCUUUGGUGUUAGAUGAAAGGAUCUGCAUAAGCUGGGCUGCUGCCAGAGAAUGAUGCAUUCAUCUUCCUCCAGAUCGAUGCUACUUUUUGACUGUGACCAUCAUUGUAUCUCACCCCCAACUUGCUGCCACCAUCCUGAACACUCUCCACUUCCUCAACUUCUGUCCUCAAGUGCUUCAGAGAAUGAAUGAGAUAGAAAGUUAAGCCACAUGCAGUGAAAUAUCAGAUCCUUCACUUCAGGAGCACUCCUCUUUGGCAGUACAAGCAGAGCUGAUGCAGCCCUAAGGGAAAUACUUUAUUGGGAUAUAGAAUACCACCCCUGCUUGCAUUAAUUAUUUUCCCUGGUGCCAAAAUUCCCCAGUAUCUAAAGGCUUUUAUCUGCCUACCUGUAGUAUACAGCUGAAGCAAGCACUAUGCUUGAGCUACUUGUGCCUGAGGGCCACUGAACCUGUUAACAUCUUGAGAAAGCUACACUCAUUCCAGGCAGAUUUUGGUAUUUUAAGUUAUAAUAAAUAGUGAUUGCAUAGGUAAUCACUGCUUACAGGAAUAACAAUGUAAUUUACAUGCCAGAUUUUUUAUACAUAUAAUGUAAAUAAAAGCUUAUUAAAUACA